CGAUCGUGACGUAACUGGAGCAAAACUUUUGUGUCAUUGCAACAAAAAUAGAACGAGUAAAGAAAAAUAAUUAUAAAUUAUUAUUUUUCUUCUUACUCGUAUUAUUAGACUGUAUUUAUUAUUCUAAAAGAUUCGUGAAGCUAUUGGUUAGAAGAGUCGUAAAAUUUUAUUAAAAAUACUUUCGGUUACGUCACGUUCGAGUACCUUCAAUUUCAUUCGUCAUUCAACAUUGCGCCGAUUUAAAAAUGGCGAUGGAAGGUGCGAAAGACGCUCUCUUGACUUUGAUGAAAAAGAAAGAAAGUAUCGAGGAGGAAAUUAAUUCACUUUUUGCCGUUUUGAAAUCCCAAAACAUUGGAAUGUCAGAUCCAGUUGUUGAUUCUGAGGGUUAUCCGAGAUCCGAUAUUGAUGUUUAUCUCGUCAGGCAGACAAGACAGAGAAUUAUAUGUUUACAAAAUGAUCAUAAGGAAGUAAUGAAACAAAUAGAAGCAGGAUUGUAUUCUUUGCAUGCUGAGCAGAAAGAAUCAAAUAGCAAUUUAUUACAGUCAACUCAAUCACAAGACACUGAAUCACUUUCACCUUUUGCCAAAGUCAACUGUGUUGAUUUAAAUUCUCCAGCAGAUAAUGCUGUAAGUGAAAUUGAUUUUAAUUUCCAUAGUUUUCUAUUCUAA